AUGGACCCGGUUACCCAAGCACCCGCUCCCGAGGGCGUCGAUGCACCUGAGAUCGACGAGUCGCUUCAGCCCUUCGAGAUCAACCUCUACCUUCCCAAGCGUCCCUUGAUCCCUUCUGCGGCCGCCUCGGCAAACGGUCUUCCUGAAACACCUUCGCCCCUCAAGGUCGCUGUGACACCACAGGAGACUCUCAAUGACCUUCGCGUCACCAUCACCGACAGUCCAGAGGGCUACUGGCUCGGUGCCUUUUGCUUCCGCAAGCCUCUUGCCAGUCCCAACUCCACCGCAAAGGGCGGAAAGGUGCAGCUCGGCGAACGUGUGCCCGAAUGGACGGAACUCCGCGAGAUCUUCGAAGGCGUCGACAAGGACAAGCGAGAGCUGCAUGUCACGCACGUCCCUUUCAACGAAGCUGAUGCUCGCGCACACGUUCAGCGUCUCCGAGAUUUGCUGAGUGGUGGUGCUGCGGAUCCCAGUGCCAUCGGCGUUGACGCCGCUCUCAGCGUCCAGGACGCCGUCCGAAACCCGCAGGAAUGGCAGCAGGACGCCGCUCGUCAAAAUGCCAACGGCCGCGCUGUCACCAAGAAGGGCGUCAACGAUGCUGCCGAGGCUUCGUCCGAACUGCCGCUGCCUCUCGUCGACUGGGCCGGUUGGCCCUCUGUUACGUCCAUUGACCUCAUCCCUCAGGUAGCGCGACGACCUCGUCAGCUGCCUGUCUGCGUUCGUCAGCUGUCUCUGGCAUCGUGGAACCCUCCGCCGCAGCACUGCAAGCUCAAUGGUCACCUCCUCUAUCUUCAAGUCGGCACGCUCGAGGGCGAGGUGAUUUUCGUCACGGCAUCUACCCACGGAUUCUAUGUUAACCGCUCUUCCGGCGCUAGAUUUGACCCUUCGCCUCGCCCCGACGGCCAAGAUUUCGCCUCAUGCUCGCUCUUUGACCUGCUCUGCGGCUUCUCGCCGCUCUUUCUCUCCUCCUUCUCCAAGCUCUUCAACGACCCUCUCUCGUCCCGAGACUACUUUUCCGCCGUUCCGGUUACCAACGCAUUGCCCGCCUUUCCCUGGCUCGCACGCAACCACACUCACCACGCAGACGCGCUUCGUUCGCAGGCUGCCUUCUUACUCACCGGCGCCACCUCGGCUGACGCAUUGGAAGGAACCAGAGACUGGAACGAUGAGCUGCAAUCAGCUCGAGAGCUGCCCCGCACCACGCUUUCAGAACGACUCAUGCGCGAUCGUGUGCUGAACCGCAUAUACUCGGAGUUCACCCAGGCUGCUGCACGCGCCAUUCCCAAGGUGGCUGCUGGCGAAGUGCAGGCCAUGAACCCCAUGGACAAGAGAGACGCUCAGAUGUUCAUUGUCAACAACCUGUUCAUCUCGAAAGGCGCAGACGGCGUCGACCUCUAUCCUCACAUGGGCGGAGAUGAGGCCGCCCACGUCGCCGUUGGCAAGGACGUUCAAGGAGUCAAGACGCUCAAUAGCCUCGAUGUUGGCGGACUCUGUCUGCUUGGAACCAUUGUCGUCGACUGGAAGGGCGAGCGAUGGGUCGCUCAGAGUGUCGUCCCCGGUCUCUUCCGCAGGCGAGACGAUGCCGACGAGCUGCCUGAGGCUGACGGCGAGACGACAGAGCUUGCCGAGGCUGCCCCCGAAAAGAAGAGCCCUGAGGCCAAGCUCGCUCAGUCGAACAAGGCCGAUCUCAACGACGAUACACAGGUGGUCUACGGCGGUGUCGAGGGCCCAGAAGUGAUUCGCGACAAUGCUGCAUUCCACAAGCUCUUCCACCAGGUGGCUCAGACCCUUCACCUGAAUGAGCAUCAAGUCGAAGACGCCAAGGGUAUCAAGCACUCGCUCUGGCUAAGCGUCGACUCGAAAGGUCUCCGCGGCGCUGACGGCCGUAGAUAUGUGCUCGACCUCGCGCGACUCAACCCUGUCGACAUUAACUGGCUCGAGAAUGACAUUGAUGGAGCAAUCCACGGCAGCUCUUCGUCUCCCAACCAAGAUGCACACUAUCCUCACCGCAUGACGUUGCUCCGACCCGAGCUGCUCGAGAUCUAUUGGGACAGCGAGUUCCGCAAGUGGGCACGCGCCAAGCUCGCCGCUCGUCAAGAGGCCAAGGCUGCCAAAGACGCCAAAGCCAAGGAAGCAGCCUCCAAGGAAGACGGCGAAAAGACUGAGGCGCCCGAAGUGGAAGCGGAAGAGCCUGAGCGUCUCGACUCUUCCGAAUUCAAACUGACCUUCAACCCUGACGCCUUUGUCGAGUUCAAGGUGGCAGACACUUUGGCAGAGGAGCACUCCAAGGUGAUCACUCCCAUCACGGACGAAUCGGAUGCUAGCAUCGCGGCUGUGCGACAAGCUUCUGACUUUUUGCGCAAAGUGGCCAUCCCUCGUUUUGUCACAGAUGUUGCCGCGGGUCUCUUCACUGCCGCCGACGGAGGCGCUCUGAGCCGACAGAUGCACGCUCGUGGUAUCAACGUCCGUUACCUGGGCUACGUUGCUCGGCUUUGCUCGCCGGAGGCCAAGCAGGAGCUGGACCAGGAACUCAUCCAGAAGGCGGGACCAGGCCACGAGGGCUUCCUCAACGCUUUCAGACUGACGGUGCUGCAGGAGAUGGUGCUGCGUGCUAGCAAGCGCGUCCUGCGUGGUCUCAUCCGCGACGUUGAGCAGGUCAACGUCGCUGCCUGCGUUUCGCACUUUCUCAACUGCCUGGUUGGUGACAAGGUCAACGCUCAUCCUAAGGCUCGUCCCAGCGUCACGCCCCUUUCGGAUGUCGCCGAUGCUGCGUGGACCAAGCUUACUCCGGAAACGCUCCGAGAAGAGCUCAAGGCCGAGAUCCGCAAGCGCUUCCGCUUCGAGUUGCCUGCCUCAUUCUUUGAGCAGGAGCUGCGACGUGCGCAGCUACUCCGUGAGGUGGCUCUGCGCACCGGUAUUCAGCUGCAGCUGCAAGAGUACGUGCUCGAGGGUAAGCUGGCUGAUGCCGAUGGCGUUGUUUCGGAUGGUUGUCAUGGCGAAUCGCAAACCAACGGCAACACGACUAAUAAGAAGAACAGUAAGGGCAAGAAGAAGGGCGGCAAUGAACAGCAGAAUGGCGUCAAGAAGUCGAACGUCGGUGCGGCUGCUGCCAAGCCGACCAAGGCGGCGCGAGCUACCAGCUUUGAGCCCGAGGACGUGCUCAAUCUGGUGCCCAUGGUGAAGGACUCGACGCCCAAGAGCACGCUUGCCGAGGAAGCAUUUGAAGCUGGCCGCAUUUCGAUUAGCCGUGGUGAUCGCGAACUUGGGCUUGAACUGCUUCUCGAGGGCGUCAGCUUCCACGAGCAGGUGUAUGGCUUGGUGCACCCCGAGGUGGCGCGAUGCUACGCGCUAUUCGCCACGAUCGUACAUCACCUUGCCGGUGUAGCGGCCAUGGAGCGCGCCGAAUCGAUCAACCAGGCCAAAUCGGAGAACAAGGAGAUCACCGAGGCGGAUCUGCCCGUGGUCAACGAGCACUUGAGCAUGGCGAAUGCGGUUCGCUACCAGAGGCAGGCUGUUACAGUUUCGGAACGCACGCUGGGUCUGGACCACCCGGAGACGCUGAACCAGUACAUGAACCUGGCCGUGCUGGAGCGAUCGGCGGGCAACACGCGUGAAUCGUUGCUGUGCCAACGUAGAGUGCUCGAGCUGUGGAGUCUGCUGCAUGGGCAGCAUCACCCUGACUGUAUCAACGCGCUGUCGAACGUAGCACUGACGCUUCAGAAUGCUAGGCUGUUCGAGGCGAGUCUGCGAGUGUACCGAUCUGCGCAUGAGCUGGCAUUGACGCUGUUUGGCGCGGACAGCAUCCACACGGCCAACUUGGCGCACGAGCUGAGCCAGGCUUACACGCUUGCUGGCGACCUCAAGACGGCACUGGCGGUGGAGAAGGAAGCGUGGCGGGUAUUUGAGGAGCGACUGGGCAAGGAUGAUGCGCAGACCAAGGAGAGCGAGGCUUUCUGUUCGAGCUUGGCUGCGUCGGCGGUGCGGGUGGCCAAGCUGGAAAAGGAAGCGAGCGAACGACAAGCACGUCUCCCUGCCUCACGUCGAGGCAACAGUAAUGCUGGAGGAGGUGCUGCCGCCAUCACUGGCGCUGGUACGACGGCGAGCGGUAACGGAACCGCCAACAAGUCGCUCGACGAAAUUGUGCGGUUCAUCCAAGGAGGAUCUAACGGCUCUGUUGCCAAGGCAAAGGGCAAAAGCAAAGCCAGUCGCAAGUAA